AUGAGCCUGGUGGCCUGCGAGGGCCCACCUGCCCCCAGCCUGGAGCCUGAGCCCUGCUCCCGAGCCCGGUCCCAGGCCCGCGUGUACCUGGAGCAGAUUCGAAACCUCGUGGCCCCGGGGGCGCCCGACAUGACCAAGCGUGACUACCUGGUGGAUGCAGCCACGCAGAUCCGGCUGGCCCUGGAGCGUGAUGUCAGCGAGGACUAUGAGGCGGCCUUCAACCACUACCAGAACGGGGUGGAUGUGCUGCUGCGCGGGAUGCAUGUGGACCCCAACAAGGAGCGCUGCGAGGCUGUGAAGCUGAAAAUUACCAAGUACCUGCGGCGGGCAGAGGAGAUCUUCAACUGCCACCUGCAGAGGACGCUGGGCAGCGGAGCCAGCCCGGACACGGGUUUCAGCAGCCUGCGACUCCGGCCCAUCCGCACACUGAGCUCGGCCCUGGAACAGCUGCGGGGCUGCAGGGUGGUCGGGGUCAUUGAGAAGGUACAGUUGGUCCAGGACCCAGCGACUGGAGGGACUUUCGUGGUGAAGAGCCUGCCCAGGUGCCACGUGGCAAGCCAGGAGCGACUGACCAUCAUCCCACACGGCGUCCCCUACAUGACCAAGCUGCUGCGGUACUUCAUGAGUGAGGACUCCAUCUUCCUUCACCUGGAGUAUGUGACCGGAGGAACGCUCUGGUCCCAGCUGCUCUCCCAGUGCCGUCCACAGUCUGCCCCGAAAUCCGGCUCUUCCAGGGAGGGGACGAAGACUCCACUCCACACGCGCUUCAGCCUCCCGAGCCCAGCACUGCGCCCCCUGGGAGGCCAGCGUCAACCAAAGGACAGAGCGGCCCUGCAGUCCCCCAGGACUGCUCAAAGUCUCCCCCCAGCCAGAGAAGGCCCACCCAUCAGACUGCAGAGGGAGGCUGACAUCAGACCCACAGCCCAGACCAGCACUUCCUGCUCCUCGGACUUGCCCAAGGCCUUGAGUGGCCGCUGGCACAUCCAAGCCAGGCGGGAACCUGGCCAGAGCUCGGACACGAAGCCCCCGCAGGGACUCUCUUGGGUUCGGGAAGGGGCUGGCCGGGUGCUGGGGGGCUGCAGCCGUGGCAGAGUUCUGAGCCGCCCAUGGGUGGAUGGGGCUAGUCUGGGGUCUGACGGGGGUGCCUGGAGGGUGAGAGAGGAGCAGGUGAAGCAGUGGGCGGCGGAGCUGCUGGUGGCACUGGAGGCGCUGCACGAGCAGGGGGUGCUAUGCCGGGACCUGAACCCCCGGAACCUGCUCCUGGACCAGGCAGGUCACAUCCGGCUCACAUAUUUUGGUCAGUGGUCAGAAGUGGAGCCCCAAUGCUGCCUGGAAGCCUCGGACAACCUGUACAGCGCCCCAGAGGUGGGUGGGAUUUCUGAGCUGACAGAAGCCUGUGAUUGGUGGAGCUUCGGGUCUCUGUUGUAUGAACUGCUGACCGGAACGGCACUGUCCCAGAGCCACCCUUCCAGAAUCCAGCCCCACACCCAGCUCCAGCUGCCCGAGUGGCUCAGCCGCCCCGCAGCCUCCCUGCUAACCGAGCUGCUGCAGUUUGAUCCCAGCCGGCGCCUGGGUGCUGGAGGCGGAGGUGUCAGCAAACUCAAGGCCCACCCUUUCUUCAGCACAAUUCAGUGGAGCAAACUGGCUGGGUAG